AUGUCAAAUCUUCAACUUUUGUAUAAAGCGAUUAAAGACCUUUUUGAAGAAAUACCCGUUGAAGAAUGGUCUUACAUUCAUUUUUUAAAAUUAUUUGAACCUCUCAUUAUGGCAAGUAUAGAUACUAUAAAGGUUGAAGACAAAGGUACCUGGAGAAAAAGAUUCAUAACACAUUUGGAAAAGAUUAUAGAUGACGAUGGAUAUAGUGUUAUACUAGUCAAGAAUCCAUCAUCUGUAGAUACUUUUUGGGAUGAUAUUGAAAGAAAAAUGGAUUGUUUACGCAGAAAACGGGAGGUGAAAAUCAAGACGAAAGAACAAUCACCUGAAAUGAAUGAAUCUGUUCAAAAUUUUGUAAUGGGUGGAGUAAUCCAACAAUCAUCAAAGAGACUCAAGAAUAAUAAACUGGAACUGACAGAAAAAGUUUUACUCAAACCACUAAAAGAUAACAGUGUUAAGCAUUUAAAUGAGGAGGCAUUGAAGCAAGCAUUUUUAGAUACUUUAAUUAUCUCUCUUCAUGUAGACAUUGAACCCGAGUUUAAGGUAUAUUCUCAGAGUUCUUCAAGUGGAAAAGCAGUUGAUCUAGUAAAUACAAGUACCCGAAAAAGGAUAGCAAUAGAAUUUGAUAAUAUUAAGAUGGAAACAUUGAAUUUGUCGGAGCUCGAGAAUGUUGGCAGGAUGAAACUAAUGUUUACUAUCUUUGUUGAAAAACCAGAAAGUGAAAUUUUAAACCUUGAAAUUAAUGAUCAACACCGUUCCCAAAAGACAGUUUGUGAAGUUUUAGAAAAUAAGAUUAAAAUGAAAAUAGAAUAUUUAAUGCCUUUAAUAAUAUGA